ACGAUAAUCCAGAAAGAUUGAAGUUUGUUUUUAAAUUCGAUGUCAAAAAUUAGAAUUUUGGUUAAAUAAAGGAAUUGGAAAAAGUCGAAUCUAAGUUUUUGAAUAUUUAAUAACAUUUGCAAAAAAAUUACCUACCAAAGCGGAACCCACAUGAUCGCAUAUAAAUCAACUAACUGAACAUUUUGGAAGACGAGAAGCCAGUUAUAAUUCAAAAGUAAUGCGAAAAUUGUGCAAGAUACAAACUUACCCGAACGGAACGCUUGGUCUACAUUUAAGUCGCGCUCCAUGGGAUCCAUACCCUUGGGUAAGUGGAGUGCAAGAUGGUUCGAAUGCGUACCAGGCUGGAGUGCGUGCCGGUGAUACGGUACUUGAGCUAAAUGACUGUGAUGUGCUAGGACAGAAAAUAUCUGAAUUAGCAGCUAAAAUACAAAAACAUUGCGAAGGUGGUUGCAAUUAUGUUACGAUGCUGAUAUGGCGAAAUAAGACUGAUAAUAGUGUGGUAAACCAAGAUUCAUUGCAAAAAUUUGCAAAAUGCCUCCAGAACGUUGCUCAACUCUUAGAAUGUCCCAUCUGCCUUGAGAUCGUUAAACCACCCGGAUGGCAAUGCUGUAAUGGACACGUGCUCUGCAAUAGUUGUCGAGGUCGUACAGUCAAAUGUCCCAUUUGUCGAGUCACACUUGGACCACGAGGAAGAUGCCUACUCUCCGAUAAAUUGUUCACACUGCUCGCCGAGAGUUUUCCCUGCGAUGGAGUUAAAAAAGGCAAUUCACUGUCCAGAAACUACCCAAAUGACUGCCAUGAGACCCCACCACUCAUCAAAACUCAAAUUGACAAUUCACCACCAUCAUCGUCAUCGUCUUGUUCAUCGUCCUCAUCGUCUUCAUCAUCAUCAUCAUCAUCACCGUCACCAUCACCACGAACUUUCGAAAAAGUCUAUCAACGAAAGCAGUUAACAGAGAACGCAAUUUUAAAUCAUCUCAAAAACCCAAAUAACAAAAACAACAAAAACAAGCAUCAUGACAACAAUAAACUAGCUGUUGGUAGUAAAUCAAGAACUCCUGACGACAACAGAGUAAAAAAAGAAGAACACGAAGAAACAAAAAAUAACGACGACGAAGACGUCAACAUUGUCGUCCAUAAACUUAAUCAAAAGUCAAAGAAGAAAAACGAUUUUGUCGACAACUACGACGACGAUGCCAAAGAAUAUGGUUCUUCUUGCAAUUUACCCCCCUACCAACCCCACCAACAAUACCAAUAUCAUCAUCAAAACCUCCCUCGUCGGUGUUGUGUACUCCUCGGACAACAGGAGUUAACUUUUCAUUGUCCAACUGGGAAAUCAUUGUGCUCCUCCACCGAUCGACCCAACUCUGACUACAACCUCGAUUCUAAAGCCAAGACGUUAAAUUGCAUCUGGACACAAGAUAUCAGCCAUCAUCAUCGUUUUCGUAGUCGUCCUCAUCCAAGUCGAAGAAAACUAAAAGGUGAGGAGGAGUCGGCGAACUUUGUUGAAAGUCCUGGUAAAUUUAUCACGAAAUGGGACAUCCUGUCCCAUUUGACUCAGGUUCAUCAAAUUUCUGUUGCACAGCAUUAUGCUAACUUUGGUCAAGCAGUUCGCUUGCAAUUGUUGCAAAAUUUUAAGUCCAUUCCUUGCAUUACAAUUCAAUCAGAACGCAACUGGACUCGGGAUAAGGAGAACUUAAUGCAAGCUUUUAUGUCAUCAACAAGGAUGUGCAGAGAAAAAGUCCAAGGACAUGGGCCAGAACAUAAAACGACAGUUCAUCGCAGCAAUUUCAUUCAACAGCAACAGCAAACGAAUAGUACAGAAUUAUUCUUUGUUGCUUGCGUGCCUUUAGAAGACGAUGACGAUGACGCUGACGACGAUGAAUCAACGAUGGCUGACGGCAACUUGAAAAAGGAGGAAGGAUUUCAUCGAAAUUCCAUGAAUGACAUUUUGCAUGCAGAUCCCGCAGAUGAUAUACCACCAAGUUACGAUGUUGUUGGUAAUACCGCAGGACCUACUAUUCCGUCGUCGUCGUCGUCAGUUGUUGUUGUUGUUGAUGGAGGACCCCAGGCACCAUAUACGGGGGUCAUUAAAAUAGAAACGAAAUCAAAAUCAACCCGGAAAGGCAGCCAUAGUCAAACAACAACUGGCCAUUUGAUUCUGGAUUCAACUUCAGUUGAAGCUGAAGCCAAAGCUGAUCCGGUGAAGUUUGCAACCUCCUCCUCGCAAUCACGAUAUGUCAAGGACUGCCCAACCAAUUCCCAUGGUCGUAGCACCGGUUACAGGAACAUUGGCCUAGGGGUCGAUGCAUGUACUUGGUGUUCCUUUCAAUCUUCUUCCCAUUCAUCCUUGUCCUCUUCUUCAUCACCAUCAUCAUCAUCAUCGUCCUUGGCAUCCUAUUCGAUGUCCAGUUCGACGAGCUCCUCACAUUGUUGUUGUUCGUCUCCUUCCGACGACACUGCUGGCACUGGUGUAGUGAGCCGACAGCGACAGCAUGCAAUUUUCAUUUGGUAUUUCGGCAACGAAUACGACGUGAAAAACUUUCAAACUGUGAUCGAAUGCAAACGUACAGGACUCAAAUGGACAGGUUGUGUCCACCCAUUGACGAAAAGUUGGUCGUCCUUGCAACGGCAACAGCAGCAGCAUCAGCAACGGCACAUGGAACAGCAAUUUCUUGUAGUCGAUACGAUGCCAGAUGGCGGCGACAAUUUUUUCGAUAUUCUCAUUCAAACUAAAUAGCAUCUAUCUCUAAAAACAUAUAUUUUGUUCUCUCUUUCUCUACUUCUGUAGAUGUACUGUAUUUGGGAUUGAACCGAUUGAUGAGAAAAAUCUGAGGAGAACUUCUACGGACUAAAAGUUAUGAAUUAUUUAAAAAUAUUUUUAAGAAACUUAGAUUGAAAAGCUUUAAUUAAAAAAAGAAUUAAA